AUGUUACAUUCAAACAGGAAUCCUAGGUUAAAGCAGCAGCAUUCAAACCACCAACAUCAUCAUCAACACCACCAACAACAAUCGGUUUCAAGUUCUACUGGCCAUUCCUCACAUCUUCACCAGAGGUUUCUGGUGCACGGAGGUUCAGUGGGACAUGCAGUCAUCAGUCAACACCAAGAAAAGAAACGUCCUUACGUUAAAAAGCCGUUGAAUGCCUACAUGCUCUUCAUGAAAGAGAUGAGGCAAUCCGUUAUUGAAGAAUGCACGUUGAAAGAGUCAGCUGCCAUCAACCAAAUAUUAGGCAGGAAGGUUAGCUUCUGUGUCGGAAUAUGUACUGGAUGUGUGUGCUGGAUAUGUACUGGAUGUGUGUGCUAG